AUGGCUAGCACCGAUCCGCCCGCUAUAUCCACGCCCUCGCGACCUCGCUACUCGCUCAAUCCUAAACGCAGCGGCUCCUUCGCUGCCAAUCCGGCCGCUCCCAAUGUCGCCGGUUUCAGCCCCGGUGGCCAGGUCUUUGAGGGAUACUCGUACCUGACCCGCUCCACCUCCAUGUCUACAUCAACCCGGUCUCGUCCCAAGGGCCUUCAGACUGCUACGCCUUCAGCACCGCCCGCGGCCAACCUGCCAGGCUCUCCCUCUUCGCCUCGCUUUACCCGCCUGGCUCAAUCCCCUCCUACCAGCCCGAUGGGCGAACACCCGGAGCUGCCCCGUCGCAGCAACACCAUUCAUCGCAUGUCGAGCUCCAUCAGCACUCCAGAGCUCCAUUCCUUCAACGUGCAUCCAGCUCGCUCCGUCUCCGAGUCGGAGCGCCUCGCCGAAGCUGUUGCCAACCUUCCGCACAAUCCCAAGGCCUGGCUGCCGUCCCAGGUGGCCCUCUACCUCACCCAUGUGCUCGGGCUAGUUCCUCGCCCCGUCGUCGAGGACGUGACCGCCUACGUGAGGAGCUCCCGCAUGGGCGGCCGCGCCUUCCUGCGCCUCAGCGAGUCCGACCUCGAGCGCCAAGGCCUCAACCUCAAGUGGCGCAAGCUCAUGGUCGAGGCGGGCCGAAAGCUGCGCCGUGACGCCCUGCGUGGGCGCAUUUGGGGCUACGAAUCUGGCUCCCUUCGCUGGCCCAAGUCUGCACACGAUCUCGCUCGCGAGGAGGCCGAGGAACUCGACGACUCUGAGCUGCGCGCAGAGAAGGAUGGCAUCGUCCGCAGCUCUUCCACCACCAGCAAGCUUACGCUCAAGCGCAUGCGCGACAGUCGCAAGGUUCGAGGCAUCAUUCAUGCCUUCCAGUCGGAGCCUAUGCCCACUGCCAACCCGUCGAGCUCGCCCGUCGACUCGGUCUUCGGUGAAGGCUAUGUCCGUGGCCAGGCACAACAGAUCCUUUCCGAGUCCGAGCAAAAGAAGCUCUCGCUCCGUCGCCCCCUCCGUCCUCGCAGAUCGACGGCCGAUUUCCCUUGGCUCGAGUCUGCGGCCGGCGCCAAGAAGGAGGACAUCGAGGCGCUUCUCUCGGCGCUGACCGAACAGGAAGCCAACGAGCUGGCCAGCGAGCUUGGCCUCAACGACCUCAACGACACCGAUGCCGUCGGCCGAGCCUUGCAGCAAGACCAUGCAGACUCAAAGCACAAGAUGCAGCUUGCCGACGAGGCUGCGGGUGAGAGCGCAGAUGAGGUCGCCCUCAUGCCCGCACUCACCCGCCACGGCUCGGAAGACAGUCUCUCGAUCGAAGGCGACACGUCUGUUUCCGAGUGCAGUGCCACCGAAAGCGAAGCGGAUGCUGACGCUGAUGCGGACUCGCGCGGUCACAAGCCUCGAUACAGUGUGCUCGAUGAGGAUGUCAUUCGAGCCAUCCUGGCGGAAGCCGAUCAUGCCGAAGCUGGUAAGCCUACAGCCGAUGGCGCUGCUGCCCACGAUCAGGAGGAGCCAGCGAAGGCGCAGUUGACUCGAUCCCACACUGCCGCCUCCAUUCUGCGACCCGAGCGCCCGUACCGCGCCUCGCUCUAUACUGAAGAGGAGCUGGCUUCGCUCGACACCGACCCCCUGCACGUCAGGACAGAAAGCUCGCGCGAGCUCGUCGAAGCGCUCGGCCUCUCCGAAGCUGAGUCCAUCGCAGAGGACGCAGAACCCCAGUUCGGCACUGCGCGACUUCGAUCUGCAGAAGAAAGGGCCCUCGAUGCCCUUGCCCUCCCGAGCUUCGAGCAGCCCGCGUCUUCCCAGCAGGAUGUGGAAUCGCAGCAGUCAGAUGCACACGAAGAAGUGGGCUCUGCCGACAAGGGAGAGUACAUCUUCAUGCCGCCCGAGGCAUCGUCGCGCAAGCCUCUGUCGCAGGUCGGCUCGAUCCGCCGCGCUGGCAGGGACGCGACUUUCGGCAGUAGGCGUGGCAAAGCGGUACUCUCGCUGCUCAAGGGCGACUCAGAGAACAGCGAGCUGUUUGCGUCGCUCCCGGGCGCCACGAUGCUGCGCCAAAAGUCAAAUGAGGCGCGAAAGUCGAUGGCCGCCGAAAACGAAGAAGGCUGGGGCGGCACGCUCGGCCGCAGCUCCAGCCGCAAGAGCCUCAAUAGCGUUUUUGACGGCCCGAGGCCCAGCUCGAUGCUGUGCGAUGCGGUCAACUUUCCCAGGCGCAGCCUCGACCGUGUCGCGUCGGAAGCAGAGGCUGAUCUCCCGGAGCCCGAGGUUGUUUCAGAGGCCGACAGCGAAGACGCAGAUCUGCCGGCGCAAAAGUGCGUGGACCGGUACGAGGAUUCCGCCAUCGAAGGUGAUGCAGAUGCCGCAAUGCUCCGCAGACCGUCCGUGGAGCAGCGCCUCUCUUCGCUUUUCAACGAAGCUGGUGCCGAGGCGGCUGCCAACGAAAUUGAACCACACGCUGAGCCGGAAGCCGAGUCGGAAGCCGUGCCAGAAGCGGCACUGGCGACGAGUGCCGAAGUUCUCGCGCAAGAAGAGUCUAUGGAAGACGUCUCAGCUGAGCCCAGCGACGAUCAGGAGCUUGGUCUUGACGCAGACGCUCACAGUGCAGACGCCGAAGACGUCGUCGAUGCUGCCGAUGUCGCCGUUGAAGCUGAUCCUGCUGAUGCUGCUGAUGCCGCUGGCGAAGCUGUCAAAGAAGGGAUGGAGCUCGUCGCCGAGCCCCUUCCUGCCCCUGAGCAAGAGGUCGUUGACGCAGAGCCCGAGCCUGUCGACGAACCAGCUGUGGAUGCAGCAAACAGCGAGCGCGCUGAUUCUAUCGACGCUGCCACCAUCGAGCCGGAGCUCGAGCGACGCGCCGCCUCGGACAGCGACGACUUUGUUGCGAUCGUUGCGCCUGCCACCGCGGACGAGACGGCCGAAAAUGGCGUUGGCACGCAGGACUCUGUCGACACGCCGGCGGUUUCUGCCGUCGACGUUGCGGAGCCUGCAGUUGCCGCUGACACUGGGUCGAAGCUGCUGGUGCCGCUGACUGUGAUUGAGCCGCACCCGUCGGGGACGGGUAGUGUCUCGAAGCGGUCGAUGGUGCUGGUGGAUCGUCGGCGGUUCGAGAGCCUCGCUCGGCGCAUGACGGAUCUGGAGCAGCAGCUGGAGUCGAUCGAUCGCGCGCCUGGCUCUCGCGACGGCACAGUGGGCACCGGCUCAAAUCUGCGCGACAUGUUUUCGGCGGGCACAGACGACGUGCCCACAGGUAGCGAAGCGGACGAGAUUCUCGAUGCGGUCCUCGCCGCCACGAGCGAAGCCCACGAUGUCCCAGUUGCCACUGCGAGCAAGGGAGGAUCCGAGGAAGUGCCCGUGCAAAAGGGCGGCUGGUGGCGACCCUCAAGCUGGGUGUCGUACCUGUCUUCGCUCAACCCGUACUAUGCCGAGCCGUCGCGUGGUGCCGAGGUGGAGGAGGAGCUGAGCCUCGACGCGCUGCUGGGCCGGCCCGAGAGCGAGCACGAGAAGCAGCUGCUUGCCAUCGGCGCUAUCCCGGCAUACAUGCUCGGUCUGGGUGCAGGCGUGGGCUUUGUGCUCGUGCGCGAAGUGCUCGCCAAGGGCAUCGGAAGAUCAUAA